AUGAAGCCAAGGAUUCUCUGUCUCAGAUCUGGAAAAAUCUCGACGUUUCGCCAUCUCGCAGAACACCGAACCAAACCACACCGAGGAAUCGGCGCGCCGACCACAUCGGUUUCAAGAGCUUCGGUCCGGCUGCAGUCUCAGAAAUUGAUAAACCGUGUGAGCCCAGGCCUAGUUCAAAUGGCAGCAUGCAGAUGCAGUCCUCAAAUUCCAGGAGAGAUUUGGAUGCUAGGACCUACAUCCAUCAUCCUCCUCUUAUUUCAAGCAAGGGGCUUCGUUGAGAGUAACUGGAAAGUUACAAGAGUAUUCUGUAGAGACAGCCAUUGCCACAAUUGUGUUGAUGGAAGUGACAGCUUAAAAAUCAACAUCCAACACCUCAGGGAGCUUAGCUUUCGAGUCGGAUCCAUCUACCAGUUCAUCGGCGAGCCGCUUAUUCAACCCGAUAAUGAGGCAGUCUUGCAGGCACGUGUGGGUAGGAAUGUUGAUGGCGUUGAUCUCAAUCUCUAUUAUCAGUCUCUCCAAUUGUUGAGGCAAUUUCAGGCUCAUCAUUUGAAGAACCCAGCAACUUAA